UGACAUUUCAAACGUCACAUCUAAUUUUCGUGUGACGUUUGGCUGGCUUGCAUUUCGGGUCAAAUUCACUAAAAACGUGUUUAGAAAGCGCUUUUUCUCACUGUUUGGUUUAAUUAAACGCAUUACGUAAAGAGUGUUUCGUUUACAGAUAAAAUUAAAAUGGAGUAAAGCCAACGGAAGAGCCUUCGAAACAGCGUGCUGCUCGAUUUGCCCCGUACUGCUAAUGUCGCGUGGUUGAAAUUGGAUUCGCGCAAAAGGGAAAGAGGAAAAUAGAACCACACGGAAAGAAAAUGGGCGCGAACUUGUUGGUGCUGGUAGGCACGAUCAUAGUCCCAUUGGUUGUGAUCUGCUUCGUUUCUGUAGUUACGUUCGUUAAUCUGUACUUGAACAUUCGGAGACGCUUCCCGGCAAAGGUGAACUGUUGGUUUUGUAAUCAUGAUACGCGCGUUCCGUACGAUCAGUCCAAUUCAUUCGUUUGUCCGGCGUGUAAGCAGUACAAUGGAUUCACCGCGGACGGUGACUAUAAUCGGGAAAUACCGGAACAGUACCAGCAGCGGCUGAACAACCAUUACUAUCACCAUCCGUCAAACAUCACCGACGACGAUAAGUGGGACAGUUCUACGGUCCGUUCGUCAAUCGGUAAUAGGCGGUUCCUUACCAACAACGGCCUGUGUUUCGGAUGCAAUCGGAACCAGGAGUUGAAAAUACAUCAACUAGCAUCGUUCGUGCCGGAAGAUGAAGAUAAUUACGAUGCGGAAGUAGAUGAAUAUCGCAAACAACUGGAACAAGCGUACAAACUGUGUGGAAGAUGUGAACGCGUCCUGAAGCGUACACUGAACGAUGUAAAACGGAACAUCCUGGGCUCUAAGCUGGCUCAGAUUGGCAGUAAAAGUAUGGACGUGUUGGAUAUGCAUAUACGCGCUUCCACCAAGCAACUUGCUCACCUGAAGCGGCAACGUUGGGCAAAGGUGUGCGUAUGGGCCAUCACGGGACUGCUGCUAGUGAAACUACAUCAAAAUUUUGCCGACUCCGUAUGGACUGUAACCGAUUUAUUACUACUCUGCCCAGCGCCCCUGCUUUCUGGCAUUACUAUGAUUCUCUCGUACGCCCUUGCCAUGCGCGAGCUGUUUUACCAACAGUUUGAAAAGCUGAUUUCGGAACCGAGCGUGCAGCAAACGACAGAACGUAUUGAAGCGAUUGGGUACGAAAUAUUUCUCCAAUACGUACCGAAUUCGUUGGUAAAGACCUCUGCACACUACUACGAAACUAUAUCGGCACAAGUACCAAACGAAAGGAGUUCUUCUGUACUGCUGAACAUAGCCAUUGUAGCACUGGCGGCAUUACUAGCUUCUCUCGGUAGUCUGCGAACGAUCGUCAAGCAGUUCCUUAUCGUAGCGCUUUGCUUCGUGGAUUAUUCGCUCAAGUAUACCCAAGUGAAGGAUCCAUCGAUCGUGGCCUUCCUGCUUACCACUGCGGCCCUCGUAAUAUCGCUAAGCAGCAUCGGCCAACGAUUGAUUCGUAGUGAUGUACCCGCCAGUAAUCUUAACUCAAGCUUUCACAAAAUAUAUUCCCAACAGUGCAAGGAAAGUGAUUAUUCUGAUGCUGAUAACAGUUAUAGCGUUCCAGAGCAGACAGCUUAUAGAGCGGAUCAGAAUGCGUUUAGCAAUAAAAGUCCGUCCGUGUGCGGUCAUCCCACUAAGGAGCAUGUAUUUGGCGAUGUUAGUGGCAAAUCGCUUGAUACCACGAAAUCGGGCAGCCCUUCCGGGUUUUCUCUUUCCCCAACGAAUCCAUUUUUGACAGUAGAUGGUUCUCCCCCGCUAGGGUUCAAUCAAAUUAGCGGCUCGCUGUUUAAUGUCGCGACUGAUGAAGCCCAGACUGGCCGAGUCGUUGAUAAACGGUCUACAUUUGAUAGGCAAAGCAUCACACCCCAAGUUUCGGCUCAUUCGCUUCUGAAAACACCUUCAUUUUCAGUGGAUAAUUUUCAAACCCUGGCACACGUCCCGUCGCACAGGCAAAACAAACGUCGAUCUGGACCUACAUCAAUGGUUUCCGGAAGUCAUCGUAAUUUCAAUCAGUUUCGCUACUCAAUGAACACCAUAAAUCAGGAUGAGGAUCGUGCAUUUCGCGAGUCAGAGGACCAACUAAUCGAAGAUGAUAUCGAUCGGCUUUCGAUCAGUGCACGGGCUUCGCUGAAUGCCUCCGGAAUGCUCGGUUCUCGUACAUCGCUCGCCGGCGCCAUGAAUCCGUUUGCGAAAAAAUCCCACCCCGAAACGGAGUAUGACGAGCUGACGACGAUGCGGCCUGCCUCACUACAUCACCGCACGCGCGUUUUCCGAGCUCCCGAACCGUCCAAAGGCUUCGCCAAAGACACACUGUGGUCGACGGGUGGUAGCUUUGGUGGACAGCUAACGCACAUGUCGCGCACUUCAUCGCAAAGUUCCGGGUUUGAGUCGCAAACCGGUACCACACGCCGUAACACUCCAACGGAGGUGGACAUCUGUUCCAACGGUGAAACGCGACCGGAUAGAUCGCAACACAUCAUGGCACUGCCACGAAGCGAGCAACCCUCCCCUGUUCCAUCAUCCGCGUCCGUGUUCGAGUGGAACAAUAUGACCGACGCAUCGUUCGGUAACAGAGCAAAUACCUCGCAACAGCGCUCUCUGUUCAGUGAGCAAAACCUUUUCAACAGUGCCCUACAACAAUCGGCGAACCCAUUAGACAUGAAAACAGCAACGGUACCACCUACCUUUACUACGGAGGGAUCCGGAUUGUUUUUCCCGAAACUUGCCCGCACACCCAUCGCCAGCAAUGGUGGUGGUGGGUCCAUUGCAACCGGGUCUACUUUAUCCGCCCGACACAUUUUCCCGCCCCAGCAAUCACAAACACCAUCCUAUCACCACCAAUUUAGCCAUACACCACCUGCAGGGAUGGGAACUCCCUUCGGGACCACUGCCAGCUUUGUCAGCAAAGCACCAUCGAUGGCGUCGCUUGCCGGAACCGGAAGCUUCUACAUCUCAAACAAACCGACUGCCAGCGGCCGAACAAGUCUGCUAAACGUUAGCAAAUUCACAACUGAGCAACUUGGUAACGGAACACUGCCUACUGCCUGAACCGAUGUGUUAGCUAGGAAGACUAGGUUAAUAUCGAAUUAGAUAGGGAAAAAAAAUAUCAGUGCUGCCAGCAGAAAGCGUUCUUCCUCUGCGCACCGAGGUGUGAUUGUAAAGUUAUAUUCGUUUCGCUUUUGUUUUGUAUUGCAAUUUUACAUGGAAAUAAUACUCACACUACUGUGAAAACAUUGCAA